AAGCAUAGCAAAGAAGGAGUAGCCAGAUCCAAAUCCAUAUACUUACGAUAUCGAGAUGAAUCACGCCAAGGAGAAGGUGAAGGACGCCGCGAGCGCGACCAAGGCCAAGGCCAAGAUCACGCAGGCCAAGGUGGCCGAGAAGACGGAGGCGGCGACGGCGAGGUCGCACGACGAGCGUGCGCUGGCGCACGAGCGGGGCAAGGCCAAGGUCGCCGCCGCCGAGGCCGAGCUGCACCAGGCCAAGGUGACCCACCGCGAGGAGGCCAUGGAGCACCGCCUCCACAAGCGCGCCGGCACCGGGCACAAGCACGGAGCUGGCCACUGAUGUGCAUGAAGGACGUACUGUGCACGCAUCGUUCAUGCUAGCAAGCCGGCCUGUUCUGGUUUCCAAUCUUUUUCCAUUAUUUUUUUACUCCCAGACCAAGUGUGUGUUCAUUGACGUCGGGCUUAAUUUGGAGAGGUCACAGCUGCCUGCCUGCCCCAUGUGCAUAUGUAUGUAUUUUGGCUUGAAUAAUUAGUAACAGAUUGACUUAAGUUUUGUCUAUGAGGAAGUAUGAAAA